CCUCCUGCAAGUCAACUCGUGUACUUUAGUUAAUAGAGGUAGCUCGCUGAAAUAUUCUAGCCGUGUUGUGUUGGAGAACGUGGCGUGGCAGCCUGUGGCACUCGUACAUGUCACCUGUCUCGUUGGUCUGAAGGGUCGUUCACGUUCAAACUGGCAGGGCGACCGAGAAUUGUACUUUUUGUCUAUUUUGAAUAGACACAUUUUAGCGGGCGGUUUGUUUUCCCUUCCUCGAUAUCUAGGCGAAAGUUGCGAGCCCUUACCUCCUCACCCCCCAAAACCACAUUUAAUACAGCAUGGUCAUGGCUGACAAUCACCAAAAACCGAUAUUCCGGGGUCCUGUCCGAGUGGGCUUCUACGAUAUCGAACGUACUCUGGGAAAGGGUAAUUUCGCCGUUGUAAAGCUGGCUAGACAUCGUAUUACCAAGACCGAGGUUGCCAUUAAAAUAAUAGACAAGAGCCAACUAGAUGCUGUGAACCUGGAGAAGAUCUACCGGGAGGUACAGAUCAUGAAAAUGUUGGACCACCCGCACAUCAUCAAGUUGUACCAGGUAAUGGAGACCAAGAACAUGCUCUACUUGGUGACGGAGUAUGCCAAGAACGGGGAGAUUUUCGACUACCUGGCCAAACACGGGCGACUGAGCGAGCUAGAAGCGCGGCGCAAGUUCUGGCAGAUCCUAUCAGCGGUGGAGUUCUGCCACAAUCGUAACAUAGUCCACCGAGACCUGAAGGCUGAGAACCUGCUGCUGGACGGACACAUGAACAUCAAGAUAGCAGAUUUUGGCUUUGGGAACUUCUUCCAGCCCGGGGAGCCCCUGGCCACAUGGUGCGGCAGCCCCCCCUACGCCGCUCCGGAGGUGUUUGAGGGACAACAGUACGAGGGCCCCCAACUGGACAUCUGGAGUAUGGGGGUGGUGCUGUACGUGCUGGUGUGUGGCGCCCUGCCCUUCGAUGGCCCCACCCUGCCUGUUCUCCGACAGCGCGUCUUGGAGGGUCGCUUCCGCAUCCCCUACUUCAUGACAGAAGACUGCGAGCACCUGAUCCGGCGGAUGUUGGUGCUGGACCCGUCCAAGCGUCUGUCAGUGGCUCAGAUCAAGGAGCACAAAUGGAUGGCACUGGAUGUGCCGGUGCAGAGGCCCAUGCUGUACCAACAGGAGGGGGACCUGAGCGUGGGCGAGUACAGUGAGCAGGUUCUGCGACUCAUGCACAGCCUGGGCAUCGACCAACACAAGACCAUCGAGUCGCUCCAGAACAAGAGUUACAACCACUUUGCUGCUAUCUACUACCUGCUGGUGGAGCGUCUCAAUGCCCACCGCUGCAGUUUCCCUGUGGAGCAGCGGCUUGACGUACGCCAGCGCCGGCCCAGCACCAUCGCCGAGCAGACUGUCGUCAAGCCGAGCGAGCCAAGCGGUUGCUCCCCCCAGGUGGGUCUCCUGCCCCAUGGGGUGCGGGGUCUACUACGCUCCCCAGCGCUGUCUCAAGCCUCUGAUGCCUUUAACUUCCCACAGUCGCCGCUUCUGCCCGAGCACAGCUUCAUGGUCGAGGAUGUGGCCACUCCUAAAGUGAACGGCUGUAUGCUGGACCCCCUGCCCCCCACAGUGCUGCGCAAGUCCAGCGUGUCGUCACCCAGUAACAUGAUGGAGACGUCCAUCGACGAGGGCAUAGAGACGGAGGAGCCCGACGCCGAGGACGACCCCGCCCACUUCUUCUCCGCCUUCCAGACGGCCCGCUUCGGCCAGCGCCGACACACCCUGUCUGAGGUUACUAAUGAGCUGGGCCCCGUCAUCAACCAAGAUAAACUGUUCACCAUGGGCCACAACCCGUCCCUGGGCAGUGUGGACUCUGACAUGGGCUACGACAUGGGCUCCUUGCACAGUGACCUGGGUCUGCUGGAGGACGCCCCCUCUCUCAGCGAGGUGGUCCUGGCCAACACCCACAGCUCGGGGUCCCACGUGACCCAGGGCCCCUUCAUGAGCCAGCGGCCUCCCAACCCCACCAUGCAGGCCCUGAGCUCCCAGAAGAGGGAGGCCCACAACCGUUCUCCCAUCAGCUUCAGGGAGGGCCGCCGCGCCUCCGACACCUCCCUCACACAAGGUCUGGUUGCGUUCCGGCAGCAUCUCCAGAACCUGGCACGGACCAAAGGCAUCCUGGAGCUGAACAAACAGAUGUACGAGCAGAUGGGCUCCGGGGAGGAGGGGCUCCAUGCAAACCUGCAGAACCUGCUGGACCCCACGCUGCAGGGUGAGGCAUCUAAGCACGAGGAUAACUUAGCUUUAUACCAUGGUGGUGCCCAGCCUCUACUGUCCCGAAGACAGAGCCUGGAGACACAAUAUCUCGCACACAGACUACAGAAAGCUAGUGUUAUGGCUAAUGUGAGUCCUGCUAGCUGCCAGCUCUUCUGUAAGGAGAAUCCUCGGAGUCUAGAGCAACAGCUGCAGGAGCAUAGGUUGCACCAGAAGAGGAUGUACCUCCAGAAGCAGACCCACCUCCAAGCCUACUUCAACCAGAUGCAGAUAGUGGAAGGUUCCUAUCCAGGGGACCCAGGGGCAAUACACAAUCCACAGCAGCAGGGGGCCAUGGCUGGGGCCCACCCGCAGCAGGGCAGCUCCCAGGCCUCCCCUCCCUACACCCAGGCCCUCAGCCCCUUCAUUGAGCCCAGUGCCAACCUGGUCUACGACCACUACCUGGCCCAGCACUACCCCCACCCUCACUCCCACCUCAGCCCAGUUUUAAUGCCCCCUGCCCUGGCUGGCCAGCUGCAGAACCAGCACCCCGAGGCCCUGGGCUACAGCUACCAGCUGUGUGACCAGCAGGGCCAAUUCCACACUCCGCAAGAGGCACUUUAUCCAGAGCAAUACGAGUUCCACCUGGACCCCGGGCAGCCGCACCGGCCUGGCCCAGGAGAGGCCCCUGUUGCCGAGUAUGAGGGGCUGGCGUUACCCACCGAGCUCCAGGACUCCUUUCUGGAAAGCGAGAUGAUGGAGACUGUAGACUCGCAGCAUGGCUUCCUACUGGUGAACUGAAGCCGGUAGAACUGUGGGGAGAAAGCAGUAUUACCGACAGUUGAAAAUCUACACAGCAUCAUGUCGUAGAUGUCAUGGAGUGGAGUUGGGGGUCAAGGUACAGGGGAAGUGUUUUUUUGUUUUUUUUGUAUCAAUGAAUACUAUUUUUUUAGUUGUGGUGAACCAACCUCAGAACCUUUCUACCAAAAUCCUCCCGAUCUCCCUUCCCACUUCUCUGUUCCCAUCAGCCCUAUGCAAGGACCCAGGCCUGGAGGCUGCCUGGGUGAUGGGGGUGUGCCAGCAUGGAUGGCUGGCUGGGUAUGUGUGGAUGGAUGUUGCCAUGAUGGGGGGUGUCACAUGUGAAGUGAUAUCGCUCCACAGGAACACAACUGCCUCAAAGCUGACUGCAGCCGCAGCGGCCCCGUCGAGAACAAGUGCUGGACGAUGCAAGAAAACUUAGCACAGUUUGGUUGUUUUUGGAAGACGUGCACAACGGAAUUUGGCUUACCGAAAGCACAAACCAAACGACAAAGAUGCUAUUUUGUAUUGAAGUAGGCCAAGAACUCAAAAACACAUUGGGUGUUUUGAAGUAGUAAAAAUAAUAAACGAACAAGAGACAAAGUAAUGAAUUAAUGCGCACUUGAUAAGUGCAGUGUUAGUCAAUAUUUUAUUGUAGCAAUAUUGAAUCAACAGGCUUUUUCCUCACCAGAAGGUCGUACUUUAAUGUGUGGUGUUUUUGGGGAGAAUUCCAGUAUGAUGACUCACAGCCAACAUAUCCACAGUGACCGCUCAUCACUGCGUAGACCGUGAUGAGAUAAUCCCCCCACUAAUACCAUCGCAGCAGAUAACAAAAUGAAUUGUAUAAAUCGGCUAGAUAUUUCCAACAAACUACACAAAUCAGUUUGAGGCCCUUUGCUUCACUAGGAACUAAAAGGAAUACAGUGCCUUGCAAAAGUAUUCAUCCCCCUUGGCGUUUUUCCUAUUUUGUUGCAUUACAACCUGUAAUUUAAAUGGAUUUUUAUUUGGUUUUCAUGUAAUGGAUAUACACAAAAUAGUCCAAAUUGGUGAAGUGAAAAAAAUUACUUGUUUCAAAAAAUAAAAUGUCAAAUCUGAAGUGGUGUGUGCAUAUGUAUUCACCCCCUUUGCUAUGAAGCUCCUAAAUAAGAUCUGGUGGGACCAAUUACCUUCAGAAGUCACAUAAAUAAAGUCCACCUGUGUGCAAUCUAAUUGUCACAUGAUGUCAGUAUAUAUACACCUGUUCUGAAAGGCCCCAGAGUCUGCAACACCACUAAGCAAGGGGCAGCACCAUGAAGACCAAGGAGCUCUCCAAACAGGUCAGGGACAAAGUUGUGGAGAAGUACCGAUCAGGGUUAGGUUAUAAUUUUUUUAAUCUGAAACUUAACAUCCCACGGAGCACCACUAAAUCCGUUAUUUAAAAAAAAAUGUAAAGAAUAUGGCACCACAACAAACCUGCCAAGAGAGGGCCGCCCACCAAAACUCAGACCAGGCAAGGAGGGCAUUAAUCAGAGAGGCAACAAAGAGACCAAAGAUAACCCUGAAGGAGCUGCGAAGCUCCACAGCAGAGAUUGGAAUAUCUGUCCAUAGAACCACUUUAAGCCAUAUACUCCAGAGCUGGGCUUUACAAAAGAGUGGCCAGAAAAAAAGCCAUUGCUUAAAGAAAAUAAUAAGCAAAUAGAUUUGGUGUUUGCCAUUAGGCAUGUGGGAGACUCCCCAAACAUAUUGAUGAAGGUACUCUGGUCAGAGGAGACUAAAAUUGAGCUUUUUGGCCAUCAAGGAAAAUGCUAUGUCUGGCGCAAACCCAACACCUCUCGUCACCCCGAGAACCCUAUCCCCACAGUGAAGCAUGGUGGUGGCAGCAUCAUGCUGGGGGGGAUGUUUUUCAUCGACGGGGACUAGGAAAGUGGUCUGAAUUGAAGGAAUGAUGGAUGGUGCUAAAUACAGGGAAAUUUUGUUUCAGUCUUCCAGAGAGAUGAGACUGGGACGGAGGUUCACCUUCCAGCAGGACAAUGACCCUAAGCAUACUGCUAAAGCAACACUCGAGUGGUUUAAGGGGAAAUAUUUAAAUGUCUUGGAAUGGCCUAGUCAAAACCCAGACCUCAAUCCAAUUGAGAAUCUGUGGUAAAGUAUUUCUGUACGCCCACGGAACCCAUCCAACUUGAAGGAGCUGGAGCAGUUUUGCCUUGAAGAAUGGGCAAAAAUCCCAGUGGCUAGAUGUGCCAAGUUUAUAGAGACAUACCGCAAGAGACUUGUAGCUGCAAACGGUGACUUUAGAAAGUAUUGACUUUGGGGGGGUGAAUAGUCAUGCACGCCCAAGUUUUGUCUCUCUUGCUUAUUUCACCCAAAAAUAUUUUGCAUCUUCAAAGUGGUAAGCAUGUUCUGUAAAUCAAAUGAUACAACCCCCCCCCAAAAAAUCUACUUUUAAUUCCAGGUUGUAAAGGCAACAAAAUAGGAAAAAUGCCAAGGAGGGUGAAUACUUUUGCAAGCUACUGUAAGUCAAGUCCAAUCAAAUCCAGUUUGCUGUGCUAUUGUUGUUAGGUGAGUUUUAUCUCCAAAUUGUGACCUUAUACCUCCUGUUGUAUGCAACUGAUGUGGGUCUAACAGUGGGUUUACUGGGUUUCUGAAGUAAUGUUUCUCUAACCUAAAGGUUGCUGUAAAAAAUAAGGGGGGAAAAGACGUUAGUAACCCGACACUGGAUUAAUUUUGACAAGUUUCACCAUGGCUCUCUUACAACAAGCUUCGAAUGAACACAACUUUUGAAUCUACUUGAAGCAUACAGAUUUCUGACGAAGACAUAACUCUACUUUUCAUUCAAUGGGAUGAAAAACCGAAGUGUUCGAGGUCAGAGACAAAAUCUGCAUCUCAAAUGGCACCCUAUUCCCUCCAUAGUACAAUGCUUUUGAACUGAGCCCUAUUGGCUCUGGUCAAAGUAGUGCACUAUAUAGGUAAUAGGGUGCCAUUUUGGACGUAGCCAUAGACUGCAGGAUUGUCUGUGGAAGUUGAAUUACUGGAGCACUUUUACGAGGCGAUAAAGGAAAUGUAGCUAGAGUGAGAGAUGUGGUGACUGUGGUAGUCAGAAUGGUGUUUAGCCUAGUCUGCUGCUUCCCCGGGAGACUAAAACAAAAGUGAGGGACCCAUUCGCUGUCUUAUCUCAAUAAGUGGACACGAAACAUUUGGUUCUUACAAAGAAAGACCAGCGAGAAUAACACUAUUGGUUGUUCAUUGUGCUUUGUACAAAUUAGGGGUUUAGAGACUCUUUAGUGCUCUCAAGAUGAAAAACAUAAUUGUGUUGAGCGUGAAUAGUGUUCAGUGUGCCUUUUUUUAACUUUGUUUUGAAUUAAGAUAAGAAUAUUUGAGCUUUUCUGGUUUUAAUUCCGUUCUGUUUUUAUUUUGGGGUAUCCUUUCCGGAAAUAAGUAGUCCCAGGUUUUACAAAGGUACAAAACCAAAGUCCCCUCAGAAGUUUCCCUGUACAACCCCACCAUGUGGAGUUAGGAGCUUCUUGGUUUUAGCUUAUUGACAGUGCUUUUUUUGGUCAAUCAGUAUAUGCCAUUUAAAAAGUAUUAUAGCAAUAUUUAAGUAAUAGUUGAAAAUAUACAGAAAAUAAUGAAGAUUAGUAGUGAAUGUGUUUCAGUAUCAUAAUUGCACCUCCUGCUGACACACCUGUUGUUAGAAAAUUCAAUUUUAUAUUUACCUUCAUUGAUGUUGACCACACAUAAGCUAACUUGCUGUUGAGAUUAAAAAGGUUUAUCGAACAA